AUGAAUGCGAUCAAAGUUAAACGUGGUUACGCUAAAGGUACCCUGACACGUGCAGCACAGUAUGCAGAGUCGCUGCCAGUUGACAUUACUCUUGCUGAACUUGAGAUUCGGUUAGAAAGGCUUCACCAAGCUUGGUUAGAUUUCUUGUCUCUAAAUCAUGAAUUAUGUGAGUUUUGCGAUGAUGCAAACUUUGUUGACCCGGGUCUUGAAUUUGAAGAAUACGAAGAAAAAUAUUUAAAAACACAUUCAAUUUUUACAAAUCAAAUUCGUCACUUUAAUUCUCAAAAUAACAGUGCUGAUGAUUCAAUAAUAGAAAAAUUAGCAGAUCAACAGACUUCUUUUUUAAAAACAUUAAACUCCGCGACACAAAAAUCAUCGGUUAAGCUGCCUACAGCUAAUAUUCCUAUUUUUGAUGGAAAGUAUGAAGACUGGCCUGAGUUUAAAGAUCUUUUUUUGAGUUCGGUUGACCGGAACACUAACCUGAGCGGUGCUCAAAAGUUUCAAUACCUUAAGUCGUUUCUGCGCGGUGGUGCUUCGGGUUUACUUAAACACAUGCGGUGUUCGGAAGAAAAUUAUGUUGAGGCAUGGGAUAGGCUAGAAGCAAGAUACGAAAAAAAGAAUCUCAUUGUUCAGGCCUUUGUUGAAUCUUUUCUUUCGUUACCUUCGUCUAAUUCUGAAAACAUUCAGGUACUCCGUAAGAUAACAGAUGGUGCAGAUGAGGUCAUCCGAGGGUUAAAUGCAUUACAAUCUAAUAAUCGCGAUCCGUGGCUAAUAUAUUUGCUAUUGCAAAAGGUCGAUCCAGACACACGACAGGCGUGGGCUGAUAACUUGGGAGCACAAGAAGACGCUACAAUAGAUCAGUUUUUGACCUUCUUACAGACUAGGUGUAGUAAUUUAGAGGCGUGUACUUCACUAACCCCAACAAGAAAGAAAACCAUUACACCAGUUCGGUCACAUUUAGUGGAAUCAACACAAAAUUGCCCUAAAUGUCAUGGUGGUCACAUCUUACCUCAAUGUACGGAUUUCAUUAGUCUCGAUGUCGUUUCUCGUCGUGAGUUUGUCAAAAAACAUUCAAUUUGUUUUAACUGUCUCCGUCAAGGUCAUGGUUCGUAUAAAUGUCGGUCAAACUUUCGGUGUAAAACAUGCAAGGCGCGUCAUCACUCACUGGUUCAUCCUACACACAAUCCAGCAACUGAACAUUCUUCUUCUAAUGACCUUCAAAGUAAUAAUACAACAUCUCUUCCAAAUCCUCCGAUUGUUUCCAAUCAUUCGCUUGAAUCUUCUCGUGCGUCUCAUACAAUUCUUCCCACAGCAAUUGUUAAGAUUCAAGAUAGCCAGGGAUUUUUUCAAACCAUACGCCUUUUGCUCGAUACAGGUUCUCAGGUUUCGUUUAUAACCGAACAUGCUGUUCAACGCCUGGGCCUUAAACGCAAACUAUCUCGAAUUCCAAUAUCUGGAAUUGCAUCAACUUCAGCUGGUGUAACUAAUGGUUUAGUUACCGCCAAUCUUCACUCUCGAUUUAAUUCUAGUUUCGUUGAAGUUGAUUGUUUCAUAAUUUCAAAACUUACUUCAGUAUUACCUUCGUGUUCCAUAGUUAACAUUGAUUCAAGUCGUCUAUCAUUCGAUCUAGCAGAUCCAACUUUCAAAGAGCCUGGUGAAAUUGAUAUUUUGAUUGGUGCAGAUAAGGUGUUCAGCAUCAUAACUGGCCCUGCAACCCCAGCAGAGCAUCAAGUACCGGAAAGGAUUCCUACUAUUUUUGGUUGGGUUGUAGUUGGUCAAUUUAAUCAGAAUACUUCUGGACUUGUUACAUUCUGUACCCAGUUAGAUUUCAGCCAAGACUUUGACCUCGAAAGGUUUUGGAGAUUAGAAGAAGUUUCUAAUGUACCUGUUCUUUCUUUAGAAGAACAACAAGCUGAAGACAGUUUUGUGAAUACUCACAUUCGUCAUUCUGAUGGAAAAUUUAUGGUGGAAUUGCCUUUCAAGCCCAAUCAAAGGACUUUUUUUGGAAACUCUUUUUCAGUUGCUUUCAAUCGUCUGCAGUCAAUUGAAAGAAAAUUCGCAUCGAAUCCUGAUUUAAAAAGUCAAUAUUCAAAGUUUAUGAACGAAUACUUGGAAUUAGGACAUAUGAAAGAGGUGCCACCGAAUGAGAUUGCAGUUGAUAACAACAGGUGUUACUACUUACCCCAUCAUGCUGUAUUUAAGAGCGAUAGUAGCACAACUAAAAUAAGGGUGGUUUUUGACGGUUCAGCCAAAAGUUACAGUAGUAUGUCAUUAAACGAAUGUCUUCUCGUAGGUCCUACAAUUCAGCGUGAUAUAUUUUCGAUAUGCCUAAGAUUUCGACGACACAAAUACACAAUAUCGGGAGAUAUAGAGAAAAUGUAUCGUCAGAUAUGGGUGUCUCCUAAGAAUUCUGAUUUUCAAAGGAUAUUAUGGCGGGAAUCACCUGAAGGUCCAGUCAAACAUUAUCGCCUUCUUACAGUCACUUAUGGCACGACUUCAGCACCUUUUUUAGCAGUUCGCUCCCUCCAACAGGUAGCACUUGAAUCCGCUCUUUCACAUCCUGUUGCUUCGUCGAUUAUCCUCAACGAUUUUUACGUAGAUGACGUAAUGACCGGGGCAGAUUCUAUCGAUGAGGUGAUCAAGCUGCAAGCUGAUCUAGUCGAAUUAUUAAAAUCUGCUGGCUUCCAUCUCAGAAAAUGGACAACCAACUGCUGGCCUUUGCUUUUGUCAAUACCAGAGGAACAAAGAGAGCUGUCUCCAGUUGAUUUUGAGGAAUCGAGUUCAGUUAAAUUAUUAGGAUUGCAAUGGUGCCCAUCGAGAGACUGUUUUUCUUAUAAGGUUCGCUUGGAUACAUCCAAAACUGUCACUACACGUCGAAUACUUUCGGAAGCAUCUAAAAUUUUUGACCCAAUCGGAUUUUUGGCCCCAGUUGUUGUUGGUGUGAAAAUAAUAAUGCAGAACCUCUGGAAAGAAAAGUUAUCUUCGGACGAAGUAGUUCCAGAGCAUCUGGUCGAUCGUUGGACAUUAAUUCAUCAAGACCUUCAUCAACUUGAAAAUUUAAGUAUCCCUAGAGUAAUGUGGUCGGACAAAAACAAUUAUGAACUACAUGGCUUUUGCGAUGCUUCUUUAGACGCCUAUGCAGCCGUCGUUUAUUGCAGAAGUGUUAAUCCAAUAAACGUGUUAAUCCAGAAAGUGUAUCGGUUUCUUUGGUAG